UGUGGCGAUGGCGUACUUGAAUCACGCAAAGGUCUUUUUCAUUCACACGCAAGCACAGUGGCUCAAUUCCUCAAAGGGUAUCACGUCCAGAUCAACGCGAGAUGCGACGCCGAUGUCGAGCCUUCCCAUAUCAUGAAAAAAGUAGCCGAUUCUAGCGGUGCCAAGUAUAGCGUACAUAAUGAGAAACCAGUCAAACGAGAGAUGCCUGCGCCUGUGGGUACGAAUUAUAAACCUAUCGGACGUCCAGACAUUGCUUCCAUGACCAGCAAGCAAAAGCCCACCCCUCCUGCCCCAGUCGGUACUUCGUAUACGCCUAUGAAAAAUGAACUAGCUGAGAUCAGAGCCGCGCGAACAGCUCCUUCGGUAGCCCCAGUACCAGCCCGGGCUCCUGUCGGGCGCAACAUGAAUGAUGAUGAUUUUGAGCCGACAAUCAAAGCUACUUCUACCCCUCCACCACCAGUCAUUCCUACCCGCCCGCCUGCUACCCAAGCUCCUGCACAACCAAAAAGCACACAGGAAAAUGAUAACGAAGGACGCCCGGGUUAUGUUGGAACCGCAUAUACUCCGGUAUCACUUGGGAAACCCGGGAAGCUUGGAAGUAGACUCUCAGCCUUCUCCACACCGCAAGAAGUCAAUCCCGCAGUUUCGGCCGCGAGUGGUGGUAAGAAGAUGACCUGGGCUGAGCGCCAAGCUCUAGCAAAGAAGGUGGCCGCGGAAGAGGAAGAGCGCAGUCGAGCUGCCAUUGAAAAGAGCAAUCCUUUGGGUAACCGGAUUCCUUCGGCUGGGAUGAUGGCUGUUCCUCCAGUUCGAUCUUAUCCUCCGCCCACCCGUGAUGAUGACUUCGAAACUCCUGCUGCACGAAAAGAAGAAUCUGAUGACGAAGGCUUUGAGCCCAAUGUUGCACAGCCGCCUCCACCGCCUCCUCCUCGUCCCCCAUCCCCACCGCCGGCUCCGUCGGAACCGAUUAUGGCUGAUUCCCCGCCACCCCCGCCUCCCCCUCCUCCAGCACCUCCUGCGCCACCACCACCCCCAAUGGUCAAUCCUGCUCCAGCUGCAGUGAUCACCAGUCGCGAAGAUCCUGUGCAAAACGUUGCCAAUGCGGAAGAGGCACUUCACCAAAAAAUGAACAAUCUGGCUCUUGAAUCUGAUCAUGCAGCUCCUCCUACCUCCAGUAACGGCUUACGGGCCGUGGUGAUAUACGACUAUCAACAGGCCGACACCGAUGAACUGGGCCUGGUCGAAGGAGAGACUAUCGUAAAUAUCGAACAAGUUGAUGAAGGCUGGUGGACUGGAAUGAGUGAAGAUGGCACGCGACAGGGCUUGUUUCCCGCCACUUGUGUGAGCUUGAUCACCGAAGGAACAGAGACAAAUCAAGAAGAAGAAGAAGCGGUAGCACCCCCACCAGCAGAAGAAGUACAAGAAGCAGUCGAAGCAGUUCCAGCGGGAAUCAAGGGAAUCUUUGCGAUUGCUAUGUAUGAUUAUGAGGCCGGGGAAGAUAAUGAGAUCACUUUCCAAGAAGCAGAAGAGAUCAUUGACAUUGAAUACUCAUCUGAGGAUUGGUGGACUGGAACGGUUGCUUCAUCUGGCCAAAGAGGCCUAUUUCCAGCAAAUUACGUUGAAUUGCAGGAACAGUAAAGAAUAAAAAAAAACUAAAUAUUUGUUGGACAAUUUGAGGAGUUCUCCUUUUUCAUUUCUACUUGAAAAUCUGCAUUGCUUCACAAAAAACAAAAA